UAAUGCUAAAACUAUAGAGAGCAUAUGUGUGUUUGCUAACCACCUGUCUGUCUACUGAGGUGACAUCAGUUGGACAGUCGCAGGCAUAGAAGCAGACUGGAAUGACUCGGCUGGAUGUCUAUCUAUAUCCAGAAUGGUCUUACGGUUGCUACACCAAACGGUAUAGAGAACUGGGAAUCCGAGAGGGAAAUGUUUGACCCGAACGUGCGCCUCUUUUUGGCUCUGUUCUCAUACAACCCUGCAGUGAUGUCACCAAACCCUGAAACUAUGGAGGAGGAACUGCCUUUUGAACAAGGACAGAUCAUUAAAGUAUAUGGAGAUAAAGAUGCUGACGGCUUCUAUAGCGGGGAGACCGCUGGCCGCUUUGGUUUUGUACCGAGCAACAUGGUUUCUGAGAUCCCCGUGGAAGACGGAGAGUUUAAACUUCGUCUGUUCCAGCAAGGCUUUUUACCAGAAGAGACGCCUUCCAUAGCACCCAGCGAAACAACUAGUGUGCCGGAUGGCGUGAAGGUCCACAGGAUGCUGGCCAUCUUUGAUUAUGACCCAUGGGAAAGUUCUCCAAACAUAGAUAUUGAGGAUGAGCUUCCCUUUCGUGCAGGAGAUAUUAUUUAUGUUUUAGGGGAAAUGGACAGUGAUGGAUUUUAUUACGUGAGUACUAUGACUCUGUUAACAAUACAUGAGUAUUUUAAAGGUCAUAAGUUAAAGAAUAACUGUUUUAUAUUGAUCCAGGGAGAUCUACAUGGUUAUCGAGGUCUUGUGCCGUCAAACUUUUUGCAAUCAUUGCCUUGGGACUGAAAGAAAUCAGAAACCAGGAACAUGAGAGUGACCUCAGACUGUGAUUAUAACCCACUUUACUGAAUUCAUUUAAUUUUAUGUGUCUUGUUUCCUCUAAUGUUCAUGAUUUAUUGUGUCAUGUGUGUCUCUAAGUGCACUUGACAUUUCCUCUUCGCAUUGUCCUUAGCAUUAAUUAAAUAUGUAAAAAAAACACAUACAUUUCUGAUUAAUUCAAGAGCUUUUGGGAGCAGCUAGUGCAUUUUAGCUUUAAUGAUAACUUAAUAA